AUGCUUGAAAAAACAGAUGGUAAAAUAAGAGGAGAUCUCGAAGUAAAAGAAGAAAAUUCGGAAUUAUUAUUAUUGUUAUUGGUAAUAAUGGAAGGAAGAAUGGGUGGAAGAAUAGUCGUUAAUGUUGAUGAUUGUUGUGAAGAAGAGGAAAUGAAGUUCUCAUCCACAUAA